CUGAAUCAUAUCAUAUCGGAAGCUUCUACGAAUGAUGAUGAAUAAGAAGUAUACGUAUGUCCCUGAUGCACUGUCAGUAUCCAUACUUCAGAAGCUAUCAUUUGUGCGGCAGCUGGGUUGCAGUAGGGCUCUAAAGAUGGCUUGUGAGUAACCUGGUGCUCGUUCGCUUUAUGAUGUCUACGCCCCAAGCCACCUUGCGAAGAUCGGCUUUCAACAGUGACCUAACCUCUGCGAUAGGUCUACUCCUACCAUGCAGGCAUUGUUGUCGGACUUUACCGUUGGUCGUCUAUGUUCAUAAUGUGGAUAUAAUGGUCCCUUUAAUUCAGCAGAAGACUGAAGAGGAAAGUAUCUCACGAAUCUCAUUUAGUAUGAUCUUCGUUGGUGCCUUAGAGGCUCAUCUUGUAACCGAAGAAAUAUUCCUCGCCGACGACGGUGUUAUCCUGGGUCCAUUACACCCUUUCCUAAAGGUCGAUGGAAGUCUCGAAAGAUCUAACACUACCGGCGUAGCCGACUUGGGGCUACCAGAUGACCGGUAG